CCAUCACCACCUCCACCACCACCUCCACCACUACCUCCACCACCAUCACCACCACCACCUCCACCAUCACCUCCACCACCACCUCCACUACCUGCACCACCACCUGCAGAGAGAGAGACGGAGCUAGCACCGGGAGGCGAGCGUGGAAGGAUGCCUGCCCCGGAGGGACACUGCCAGAGGUUCGAGGCGAACAUCUUUGACAGGAGCCGGUGCCAGAACUGCUUCAAGCCCCGGGAGCAGCACCUGGUGGCCAACGAAUACCUGGGCCAGGCGAGGCCGGUGUACGGAGGGUGGCUGUGCCUGGCUCCGGAGGGGACGAACUUUGAGAAUGCCGGACAUCGAUCACGGAAGUGGCAGAGGCGUUUCUUCGUGCUGUUUGAGCACGGGGGUCUGCAGUUCGCCCUCGACUCUUCGCCCAGCACGCUGCCCCAGGGCACGCUGAACUUGGCCCAGUGCACGGAGGUCACGGGUGCGGAGGAGCGGACGGGACGCAAGCACUCGCUGCGCAUCGCCGCGCCCGACAGGGAGCUCUUCAUCGGAGGGGAGAGCAGAGAGGAUAUCAGCGCGUGGCACGCGAGGCUGGUGGCGCUCGCGCGCGGGAGCCGCACGAACCACGUCAAGAAGCGCAGGGCGGAGGUGCAGCUUGAGCAGGACGUGAUCGUGACCCACGCGGUGCAGGUGAACAUGUCCAUCCCGGUGGAUCCGGCGCACCGGAGCCCCAACGUGGAGAGGAUGGACCCCCCGCGGUGCUCGGUGACGCGGUGCCCGGCUGGCGUGGGUGCCCGGCCAGACCGCCCGCCCAGCGGCACCUUCUCCUUCGAGCCGGCCGCGCACCGGGCCCACCCUGGCCCCAGCGCGACGACGGAGCCGCCGGCAACGCCGCCGCGCUCCCACAACGGCUCCCGCGGCGACGAGCGUGACCACCGCCGCCAGCUCCCUCCGUCGUCCCCGCACGGCGCCCAGCGCUCAUCGGCGGCACCGCCGCCCCGGGAAGGCGUCCCGGCGUUACCGCGCGGCCGCUCCCCGAGACCCGGGGGCCCCGCGCCGCCGCAAGACGCCCGAGACUUCUGGCCGCCGACGCCCAGGGGCCGCUCCCCUGAGGCGCGGCACGGCUCUGCGUCGCAGGCCCAGGCCCCCUCCGCCGACCACGCCAACGGCACGCGGUCCCCGUAUCCCCGGGGCCGAUCUCCGGGGCCUCGAGUUCCGGUCGAGCACGCCGGCGGCGGUAAUUGGAGGAUCGGCGACAGAGACGACGACGACGACGACGACGACGGCGGCGGCGGCGGCGGCGGCGGCGACCUCCGGAGGAGGUCCAGAGGCGGGGGGGGCGCGACGCCGAACGCGGGGGGCGUCCCGUACCCGCGGCUCGCCAGCACGUCGGAUUCGGACACGAGUGGCGGGGGCGGCGGCAGCGGUGGCGGGAGAGAGUACGCGAGCCUGGCGGACGUGCCGCGCGCGCGGCGCAUCGGCCACCGCGACACCUUCGUGGCGGAGAAGCGGCGGCUGGAGCACAAGCUGCGCACGCGGAGCCCCGGGCGCGACGAGGUGGAGCGACUCUUCGGCAAGGGCCGCCGCUCGCUCGGGCAGCCGCAGGGCUCGCCGCACGACAGGCACAUAAGGGCUGUGGCCAUGUUUGCUGCGCUGGACAGGGAGAUGGAGAGGCCGGUGUCUAGCGACGUGGACGAGCGGGUGGACGCCUCCUUCCACAGCCCUGUCGCGCGAGAGCCUCAGCGGUGGGGGACACGACCUGCUGACACCAAGGUGAUGGGUGGUGCCCCCAUGUCCUCAGGGGCACUCCAUCCCAGCCACGGAUCCUUCCGGCGCUCCCAGUCCCUGGACCGGCAAAACGCGGGACUGGCCCCCACGGCUGACUCUGCGAGUCUGAAAAAGGGUUGGCUCAGCUGGCUGGACGAUGACGCUCAGUGGAGGAAGUUCUGGUUUGUCCUCACGCCCGGCACACUCAAGUUCUACCGCGACACUCCCAGCGAAGAGAGGGACCACGCGGAGGGCGUCGUGGAACUCUCCCCGCACUGUGCGAUCGCCGACUUCCAAGUGCAGCGCAACUUCGGCUUCCAGAUCAAGACGAAGUACGCGGUGCACACGCUGGCUGCCGUGACGCCCGGCAUUCGCAAGAGCUGGAUGGAAGCAAUCAGCCAGAGUCCGGGGCUGGGUGGAUCUGCCCAGGACAAGAUGAGCUCGCCAGACAAGUCGUGGCCGGGGCCGCUCACCAUCGUCGUCGUCCCGGGACGGCCCGGUCACAUCGGCCACCGUUGAAACCAGGGAGCCGUCCCCCGACCAGGCAAGGAGCCGGCCCAAGGCACGGCUGCGCGA